AAAUUUGAAAUUUGCGUUUGUGUGAUCAUGUGAUAUGUUGCAACAGACGCGACCUCUAGAUAUUCGUUUAUAAAUUUUACUACACUAACCUAAUCUAACACUUAACCUUUGAUCUGUUGUCUGUUCCUGCACUAGACUGCUCUAGAACUCUCUUUCUCGCUUUAAACAAAUAUCGAACUAUAGCGGAUUGCUACAUAUAAUGAAUGAAGAAAGAAGAUUGGGAUUACUGCUUAACAAUUAACAAAUUUGUAAGAAACCAUGGCCGUGGUGAUAGAAACUACCAUAGGAGAUUUCACAGUGGAUCUGUAUACUGAGGAACGCCCUCAAACUACGCGGAAUUUUCUGAAGCUGUGCAAACUAAAGUACUACAACUGGAAUCUUUUCCACUCGGUACAAACCAACUUCAUUGCACAGACUGGUGAUCCCACUGGUACUGGAAAGGGUGGAGAGAGCGUAUAUGGAAUUGUACUGGGCGAGAAAGCCCGUUAUUAUGAGGCCGAACAGAUGCCAAAGAUCAAACAUAGCCGUGUAGGUUUAUUGUCCAUGGUAAAUUGUGGGAACAACAUGCUGGGCUCCCAGUUCUUCAUCACACUGGGAUCAGAGCUACAAUCUUUGGACAGUGAACAUUGCGUGUUCGGAGAGAUAACAGAAGGAUUGGAAGUGAUCCUCAAAUUUAACGAAACCAUCUGCGACGGAGAUCAAAGGCCAUAUCAAGACAUAAGGAUAUCUCAUACUGUCAUCUUGGAAGAUCCGUUUGACGAUCCUGUGGGAUUUGUAGUUCCGGACAGAAGUCCAGAACCUACAAAGGAAGCUCUAAUGAGCGAUAGAAUUGGAGCAGAUGAAGCAAUCGACGAUACCGGCGGCAUGACCACGGAAGAGAUUAUGGAAAUGCAGAAGAACAAGGAAGCGAAGGCGAGAGCUACAAUAUUAGAAAUUGUGGGUGAUAUACCGGAUGCGGAUAUUGCCCCGCCGGAAAACGUCUUGUUUGUCUGUAAAUUAAAUCCAGUCACGAACGACGACGAUCUCGAAAUUAUCUUCAGUCGUUUCGGAAAAAUUGUUGGUUGUGAAGUUAUAAGAGAUCAUCAAACGGGCGACUCCUUGCAGUACGCAUUCAUCGAAUUCGCGGAUCGUAAAAGCUGCGAGGAUGCAUAUUUCAAGAUGGACAAUGUUCUGAUCGACGACCGAAGGAUACAUGUGGAUUUCUCGCAAUCAGUCGCGAAGAUGCGUUGGCGUGGCAAGGGAAAAGGUAUCCGGUAUUUCGAUGAGGACGACAAGCCGAAGAAACGCGAGGACAAUUAUUCGUCUUCGAGGAAACUUGACGCAUCGCACAAUAGGGAUCAUGACAACGGUAAAAGUAAAGAGGAAGGAAAAAGAAAGGAGAGCGAUAAAGAUCGUGGUUCCGAACACAAAAAGCAGCGCCGAAGAGAAGACAGAGAUACUAGAGACAGAAGAAAAGAAGAUAGAUCGUAUGAUGAGAGAAAUAAGUACGAUAGCGAGCGAAAAGAUAGAAGAAGAAGAGAGGAACGACGAGAUAGAGAUAGAAGUGAUCAGAGAAGAGGUCAUAGUGAAGACAGAUCGGAAAGAAGAAGUAAGAGGGACGAGAACAAUGACCGAAGAAGAGAUCACAGCGAAGAGAGAUCGGAAAGGAGAGGUAGAAGGGACGAUGACAGAGAACGUCGGCAUAACGAGAGGAAAAGACCGGACGACGAUAAUGAUACGAGACACAGAUCGCACAAGCAUAAAAGAAAACGCAUGAAAGAAAAUAAGACAUGAAAGGGCUAGAGAAGCAUUAAGCUACGUAUUCACUAAAGUAGGCCUGUCCCAUUUGAGCUCCGAAGCCAAAACGCAAAUUCAUCGAUGCAAAAAAUUCAUGUGAAUAAAAUUUCGUGGACUGUAAAAAUUAAUAUGUAUCUAAGUGACGCUUAUCAAUACUUUAUAGUUCUAAAAUCUUAUUAACAUUGAAUUUUUUUACGUUAAUGGUUUUGCGUUUUGGCACCGGAACUCAAAUUAGACUGCACUAAAGGAACAUAGAGUAGCAUUUGCAUUUCUAUUAUCUGUUUCUGCAAAAAGUUUCAUGUUUCUCGAUGUUCCUCGUUGUCGCUAGGAACAGAAAUAUGACUACUUAGCUCUAUAUAGAAGCAGGAUUACAUCUCAUGAGUUUAUUUGGUGAAGACAAAUUUCAGUUGUCAGCAACUGAAUAGACAACAAAAAGUUCCUCAAUGUUCCUUUGGUGGAUUUAAGGUAUAUCUAUAAUAAGACCAUUCUCUUAUAUUUGAGAAAUAUGUUGUAAAUGCAGUACCAAGAUGUGAUAAACUACUCCGUUCAAUGAGAGAAUAACUUCGUCCGUUUUGCGCAGGUGUUCAUAGCAUUAUAUUUGUGCUGCAUUAUAUUGCCUGCUAUGCGCAAACCGAAGUCAUUUUCUCGUUGAACAGAGUAUAAUCUUAAAACCUUACUUAAAUCGAUCUUGAAAUGAUUUCCUUCCUAUUGUAAAAAAAAAAAAUGAAUAAACGCACAGUUUACAAGAGGGGCUGUAAUUCAAACGUUUCUUUUUUUUACAUCGAGUAAAAUUGUCAGUAUUCUUUCGAGUACAAAAUAUUGAGAAAAAAAACGUAUUCUUUAAAUCAAUCGGCACAAAACGGAGCAUCGAUCGGCGCACGCACUUUCUUCGCAGAUUGAUGGAGGCGAUUUUCGCAAGGCCACGGGAAGCUCUACAGAUUCUAUAAAUGGUAAUAGCGCGUAUGAUAAAGCUAUCGAAACCAC